UCAUAUUCAAAUGCCGCGUUCCCCUCUCCUCUCGGUGUUUGAAAACCCUCCACGCAUGAUGACACCACCGACGGGACCAGAGACCGAGAAGAGGGUUUCGAGAGCCUGCGUGAGCUGCAGAUCUCGUAAGACCCGAUGUGACCUUGACUCUAGUGGCGUGCCUGGAGACCCUCCGUGUCGGCGAUGCAUCGAGAAGAAUCAAGAAUGUAUCCUCGCUACGUCUCGACGGGGUGGUCGCCGUAUCAAGGGCCAGCGUCUUGGUUAUUCUAGGUCAACAAAUGAUUCUCAUCAAGCAUCGCCAAGCAGACCAAUCAACCGAAUGAAUCCAGUGCCAGCACAGGAACCCCGUGAACCAGACCAACAAAGUGAAUGGUUGUCAUCAAACCUUGGGUCACCUCUAGACCAACAAUCCGAGGAUGAUGAAGAGCCUACAGGUGAUGCGGUGCGGCUCAAGGGCCACUUCACGUCGUCGGAUCUUUUGAAUCCGUCUGAUGCUUUGGAUUUGCUGGCUCAUGUGGCUGAUAUGGAACCCGAGGGACAUGCGCAAACGCAAGAUGCAGAAGGCGAUCCCGAAAAUUCGACAAGGAUGGCAAACACAUCCCAGGGUGUUUGUGACUAUCCACCUGUUACCUCUGGAGCAUUGACGCUUUCUGAGGCAGCCUUUCUGAUCGAACACUACCAUGACAACUUUCACAUCUUCUUCCCCAUCGCUUACAGCGCCGCCUUCGACUCCAGCCGUAUCCUAGAACUCAUCGAGCACGAACCAUAUCUCAUCACAGCAAUCCUCACCGUCGCCACAAAAGAUGAUCCCUCGUGGUCCAGGGCCCACAAUGCCUGUGCGAGACACAUGGAGACUCAAAUCUCCAAGCUGAUAUACACCGGCUCUACUACGGUCGGCGCGGUCGAAGCAUUGUUGAUACUGGCUGAAUGGGCGCCACAGCCACUCGAGGAGAACCUCAUGAUUGGAUGUGGCAAAGAGGACCAGGGAUCGUGGAUGCUGGUUGGUGUUGCUAUUCGUCUUGCAUACCUGCAGAACCUUGAGCAAACUGGUCUUGUGCAGAGAGUUGAAGGUGCGCCGGAUCAUCUCAGUAGAAAAAGGAUAGCUUGGGCUGCUUGCUAUAUGAGCGAUCGUCAAGUUUCGAUACGACUCGGAAAAGGAUUCUGGUCUCGUGGACCAGGUCCAUCCGUGAACCUUCGAGCGGCUGACUUUCCAUAUCUCCAAACACAAAAGCUGGGUAACGAUAACCUCGCUCUACUAUUUCAAGCACAUCUUGAAAUCACUCAGCUGUUCAGUAACGCACAUGAUAUUCUAUACUCAUCAACAAGUCAUAGAGAGCAGUUAUACAUAGGAGGAGAGUAUGUGAGGUACAUUGAUGACUUCUCCUCAGUCCUCCGCAGAUGGAAACUCUCCUGGGGUGGCCUCAGCUUCAUCCCCCGCGUCAAAGCAUCUCUUAUGUUAUCAUAUGAUUUUCUUCGUCUAUAUAUCAACGCAUUUGCUUUCCAGGCAAACCUAAAUCGCAUUGUUCGGCGAUCAAAGAAGAGGCCCUCUGGUCCCUUGUUCUCGGAACUUGCCGCUGCCCCAGAUGCAAGGUUCAUUUACGAGUCUAUCGAUGCAGCAAAUUCUAUCUUAUGUACUCUCAACAGCUUCAUAGAUCCCACCGAAGCAUUCAAGUAUAUGCCGCUCAAGUUUUAUCUUUACGUUAUCUAUGCAGCAGUAUUUCUCUUCAAGGUAAGCAUCUCUUCAAUUCAUUCGGGAACAAGUCUGAUACGGUGGCCUACAGGCUAUCUUUGCCGGAGCUAUCAAACCAUCAGAAGCACGAGGCGUGCGUCGUGCCAUCUACGAAACCAUCUCACGUCUACAGAAAACUUCAAAUAAUCAACAGGGUCUCGGUCAGCGCUACGCUAGGUCUCUUAGGCUUCUCUGGUUGAAGAUGCUCGGAAAGUCGAGAUCACGGAACCCCGAAGUUGAAGGACGAUCAGACUCUUUGGCUCUGGCCAGUCACGGAGCUUUGCAGUCACAAGCUGAAUCAAGCGAAGGACAUAUGAACUCUGAUCCAUUUAAUAGCUUCUCGUGGAAAGAUCUUCAUUCAUUGGGGGAGUUUAUAUCAAAUGAUGGGACCUCACUUUUCAAUGAUAAUUUCAUCAUAAGCCCCGAACAGGACUCGGUACAGGGGGCUGAAGGUCCAGAACAUUUCAGCGGGAACUUUUAUUCUGGCUCGCUGGGUGAGAUCGAUAUAAUAUUCUGAUAGACUAUCCACGAGCAUACAGAUUCUAGGGAAUAUAAUCAAAAGUUUUGUGGCAUGGUUAACUUUGCAGCCUACAUCAUUGGGUUCACA